AUGGUGGGCGGGGCGCUGGCUGCACCCCGGCGCGCCCACGGCCACCAAGCGCUCGGCCGAGGACAUCCAGUUCGGGAACCAGCAGAACCCUCCCGUCAGUCUGCUGGACGACAACGCCCUCCCGGGGGCCUUCCCCUCCAGCGAGACCAGCGAAGAGACCACCGCCGAAGGAGCCCGGCCGAGGCGCCCGAGGAAGCCGCCCCGAAGGAGCACCCGACGGAGGCCAAGCCGGCGCCCCACCGCGAGCCCAUGGAGCGAGACCUCCCGCCGGUGGCGCUGGCGAGCAGGUGGCCCUUCCAUGGCCCGAGGAGCAUCAGGCUUACCCGCCCGCGACACCAGCAGGUGUCCCCCGCGCGUGCUGGAGUUCGGGGCAACCGCCACAAGCGUGACCUCCGACCCCUGACCCGCCGCCCCCGUGACCUCGCCUCCAACGUGAACCUGGACAACCUUCUGCGAAAUGUUGACGUGGUUGAGCUGCUCGGGCUGCUGUCUCGAGGGGGCGCCCAAGGGGGUCCUGUGGGCGCUGGACCCGUGGGCGCCGGGGCAGUGGGCGCGGGGCCGAGGGCGCGCAACCACCAGCUGGGCUUCGGCACGCUCUCCUACGCGCCCAUGACCCCCGCCGUGCCAAAUACUCGCCGCAACCGCGCGCGUCUCCCCGAGUACGAGGAGGACGAGGACGAGGACGAGGGCGUGGAGGCGAUGGGGCAAGGACCUCGAGGACAGCAGUGGUAUCCUGUAGCGCCAGCCGGAGGACGCGUCUGGCGGAGGUCGGGCGCCCUGGGGCUGUCGGCUGUGCCAGGCUUCAAGAGGUCGGCUUUCCGGGCCAACAACAUGCAGGCUCAGCGCGCCAGGAACCAAGACGAUGACCUGUACUCCCUGGCCGCCAUGCUGGGCGCCGAGCUCGACCCCGUCACUCACCGCAUCCAACGCGCCGCUAUGUAGACCUGAGGACCUACGGGAGGCGCUCUAGGGAUGCGAAACGGCCCACUGGGUGUUGGCUUGGCCCUGGGGGAGGGGGGAGGGGAAGUGUCCCUCAGGGUGACGAGAAUCUCCUGGGGGUUCUGAUAAGAACUAGGAGGUUGACUUGGGUUUCUCGAGGAAGCUGAAGAAAUGGGGAAAUGGGUACAUGGGCAGGGGAUUGGGUGCUGCCGGAUUAUCUUAGCAUUCCUCAUUCAUGGACAGAUGUGAAGAUGGCAGAGAAGUAGAAGAAUGGUGGAUAGAAAUAGAGGGAUAACGAGUGUGAACAUAAAAUCGUCCUCGUGCAUGUGAUGCCCUCACCAACUCAGGGUGUCGCUUGUGCUCAAGAUGAGAGAAUAAGUUACUCUAGGAAAUGUAUUCAUCUUAAUUCAUGGGUCUUUUCUUUUUCGUAGUCUCGACAGUUAAUUCAUAUUUGCGUUGUGAACCUCAUACUAACCCCUCAAUCGUUUUUUUCUCUCUCGCGGAUUCCGCCACGGGGGUACUAACAUCCGGGCAAAAAUGGGCACGAAAAGACUGGCCUGAGAAUCUUGACCCUUCCCCCAGGACGCUCUAGAUGGACCCCUCCUCCAAGGACCACCUCAGCACCCGCGUCAGCAUUUGGGUCUCGUCCGCACGCCUGGUCUGACUUCGGUCCUUUGCUUUCCCAAACAAGAAUUUUGAGAUCCUCGUUCAGUCAGUGUUAGAGAAAAUAAACAAAAAAAGAUAAUAAUGAUAAAACGA